AAAAAACAACAUUCGAUAUCCUCAUUCCAUGAAAGUUAGUAGGUCUAUCGCUGGUAUCUUCUCGUGCAAAUAAUAAAUAUCGGAAUACAUGAUAAAUCAUCUUUAUCAUUCAAUAGUAAAUCAUUAAUUGAUUUCUAAUUAAAAAAUGAACAAAAUUUUUAACAUUUUAUUUAUUAUUUUGAAAUUAAUAAUUUAUGUUUAUUCUCAGCAAGAAGAAGGAAGUGAAUGUAUGUUAGAAGAUGGUCAAUUUGGAAUUUGCAAAAGAAUAUCUGAUUGUUCAAUACGAUUAGAAGAAGCUAGACAAGGAAGAAGAUCAUCACUUUCAUCUCGAUGUGGAUUUGAUGGAUUUAUGGAAAUUGUUUGUUGUCCUGUGCCAGUUAAAGAGAAGAUAAAUAUUCGAACAGCAGACUUGGUUUGUCAAGAAUAUGAAAAUGAAGUCUACUAUCCAAACAAAGAGACCGUAAAUUAUCAUGUUUUAGCUGGAAUCGAAGCCGAAUCUGAAGAAUUCCCGUACAUGGUAGCGUUGGGAUAUAACGAUAGUAACAACGAAAGCGGAAAUCAAUAUAGAUAUUCUUGUGGAGGAACUUUAAUAUCUUCUAAAUUCGUUUUAACUGCUGCUCAUUGCGUCAGUAAUAUCAAUGAAGAUGUUCCUGUUGUGGCCAGAAUGGGUUCUAUAGAAUUGGAUUCAGAAUCAGAUACUGUUCAAUUAGUUCGAAUAAGUAAAGUAAUUCCACAUCCAGAUUAUAGGCGAAAUGAAUAUUAUAAUGACAUUGCACUCUUGAAAUUAUCAUCACCAGUAAAAUGGACAAAAACUGUAAAGCCGAUUUGUCUUCAAACAAAAUCCAUUAAUGAAGAAAAACCACCCAAAAAUGCACACUUUAUUGUCGCUGGCUGGGGUGCUACUGAUAUUUAUGAAGAUUCUUCCAAUAAAUUGAUGAAAACUCCAGAUUUAAUAUUGGUACCCAGAAGUAAAUGUUCUACAUCUUAUGCUGGGUUUAGACAAUUACCCAAUGGUUUAGCUGACAAUGUAAUAUGUGCUAUUGAUGGAAAUACGACAAGAAGAGCAGAUGCAUGUCAAGGUGAUUCUGGAGGUCCUCUUCUGAUGCUUGCUGGUUUAGCAGAUAGUAUUAUUGGAGUUAUUUCUUUCGGACAAAGUUGUGGUAGUCCAGUUCCUGCAAUUUAUACUUCCGUGUAUUCUUUUGUUGAUUGGAUUGAACCAAUCGUUUGGCCGGAUCGGGUCAUUCGAAAAUAAAUUGAUUUAUUCAUUUA